AUGUAUAUCUCCAUCAACGACCACCGCCACAACUGGCCAGGGAUCCUCGGGAGCUUCCACAUGACUCAAACCACACCUAACAAAAAGGACGAAGAUUGGCUCCUGGACCUAUUCAGAAAACACGGUCGCCAUAUCCGUCACCUCCAAGCCUAUCGGUGUGUUACCCUCAACGCCCUCGCCGCAGCACAGACGUGUACACAAUUGGAAACUCUCUCCGUGCCGGAUCAGAUCUGGAACAUGAUCCGACCUGAGAUGGCGGAUUCUGUUAUCUGGAGACCUCCUGGGUUGACGAAUCUCUCUGACGAGAAGAAUUUGAGGCAUCAUGAGCAGCAUUUACGGAUUCAAGGUCGAUGGCUUUAUUUGCUUCAAACUUAUAUCCCUAGUCUUGUGAAGGAUGUGCCACAAAUACAGCAUUUUGUCGACGGCAGCAUACGCUGGAACAAGUCGAUACUACAAGCAUCAUUGCCCAAUCUAAAGACCUUGAGGUUGGAAGCACCGGUUCCGAUCCAGGCAGUCUUCCAGCUUUUGAAGAACCUCCCUCACCUCCGGGAGUUGCGGGUGAGAUGGAGCCAAGGCCCCAAUCUGUCCCACAAUGACCUGGGAGUCAUCCUUGACCAUACUCCUCACCAACUCGAACGUCUCGACAUUGGCGAGAUCGGGUUCAAGAAUGAUGACUACUUUGCCAAGGAUGUCUUGACCUGGCUCCCACACCUGGUCGACCUCAGCACUCAGCAUAUUGGUCCUGCCCUGGCCGAGCUCAUACCGACCCACUACCGAAACCUGCGGUCGUACAACCAACCCAUCCCGGUGAAAUCGAUUCAUCCAAAGUUUCUGUUGCCGCACAGUGCUAUCAACACCCUGAGCGUCCUGCUGGAGAACUGUCCGCAUUUGAUUGAGUUUGACGGGAUCGGGCACAAGAUCGAGGCGGACUACCUCCUGGACCAUCCUUGGAUCCGUUAUGGAGUACACGUGUACGAGGACUACAGAAAGCCGAUCCCAGAUACACUGGAGCUGUCGCUAGAGUCGGGGUUGGACCGAUUGUCGACGUUGAGGGAGUUGGAGGUGGUUGGGUUUGAGGGGGUGGACCAUCGGAUCGAUUAUGGAGAGUUGAGGUGGAUGGCAGACAACCACAACAACAACAGCAACAAGGACAACAAGAUGGACAAGAUACCUACAGAGAUCCUCGCCGACAUCGGUUCAUACCUGUCCCUACAUGACUACCUACACUGCAUUCAGGUCUCCCGAACCUGGAGCAACGUUUUUAUCCCUUUUCUCUGGCAAACCAUCGACGAUUCACUCCACGCCUGGCCACGGAUCCUCAAGACCCUCGACUCGGACACUGCCGAGGCUUCCGGACACGAUGAAGACUGGCUCCUUGGUAUCUUUGCCAAGUAUGGUCGAUAUAUCCAGGACCUCAACCUCCACUGGAAAGUCACCAUCAAGGCUGCCUCUACCAGUAAUCACUGCAACAACGACGUGGACAAGGACAAGGACAGCGAUAUCGGGGUCGUAUGCACAAACCUCAAGUCAUUGUCGGUUGCUGAUAUCGGCCAAAACUUGACACACCUCCAGGGAAAGGCCCAAUCUGCCCAGAACAGGUCUACCGCUUUGCCUCCUUCGACAAUAUCUCAGGAUGCGUUAACAGGACCACUGAUCUCACCGAUCUUUGAGGAUGCGUUCAAGUCGCAGCUUCGUGGAACUCGGACAGAGGAUCAACAGCUGGAGGAUUGGAGGCUUGUUCAGCAGUUUUGGCUCUUGGUUCACCAGAAUCGCCCUCACCUUCAGGCACUCAGGAUUGAUGCCUCUGUCGACGCAUUGGUGGAGAUGAACACAACUGGAUUUGUGGACUCGAUGGUGGUGGGUCAUUUGACACAGUUGGUUGAUCUGCAAUACAGAGAGCUCCGAUGUGACACGACCACACUCCUCCGCCGGUUGCCUCGGUUGAAGUCUCUACAGUCUCAAGUCGUUCUUACGGAUGGAGUUCUCACAGGAUCGUUUUCUAGCCUUCGGUGUCUACGUGCGUGUCGGUCAAUGAGUCUUGUCGAGAUUGUCACCCUCCUGCAGUGUCUUCCUAAUCUGAGCGAGUUGGGUGUGACGCAGAUUAAUUACACGGAGGAAGAGGAACCUGUGAUAGAGAGAAUGGACAGGACAACGCCUGCAGCCCUCCAGAGUCUCCGCAUCGACUGGAGCUCGAAUUGUGACGCCCUGAGCUUGCAGGACCUAUCUGCAUGGCUCCCUCAUCUCACGGACCUGUCAGUCGGGCAAAUGCGCUACGACGUCGCCAUGAUCCUUGGCGACUAUUAUCCACUAUUGGAAUCUCUGACAGAUCCUCUGAAAACGACAAAGUCUCGGGAAGGCGAGAUUGCCAUCCACAGUAGAGUCUUGGCAGUUGUCCUCUCGAGCUGCAUCAGCCUCAAAUCGCUCGAUGCACAGGUUCGCACGAUCGACAUGAGUUUCUACGCGAACGAGCCCUGGGAGUGUCUUGCACUGGAGACGCUUCAUUGCCGGAUACGCGGGAUCACUCGCCUGACCCAGACGGAGCAGUGGAUCUACAACGACGGAUGUACCUAUACGUCGGCGAAGAAGGCCAUGCAGUACCUUUUGAUGGAUGAUGUGUACGACUACGAGGAGGAAGAAGUCGAUCCGGAUAUGAUCUUGGCUAAGUAUUCGAAUAGUGUGGCUCAACAGAAGCGGGCAUAUGAUCGAUUGGCGGGGUUGAAGCGUCUCAAGUCUCUACAACUGGGUCCACGCCAGCCUAGAGGGAUUGGUUACUACCCUGAAGAUCUCCUUCGGGAGGAUACGUUGGAAUUGACGUUGGAGUCGGGGCUGGAUCGACUGUCAGAGUUGAAGCGGUUGGAAGUAUUUGCGUUUGAGGGGACGAGUCAUGGGGUCGGAAAGGCGGAGGUGGAGUGGAUGGCAGAGAAUUGGCCUCGGUUGAGGGAGUUGAGGGGAUUGAAGGGGAGUCGAGAAGCGAAGGAGUUGAAGGGGUAUAUGAACCAGCUGCGACCUGACGUUGUGCUCAGCGAUUUUUUAGAAAUGGCAUGA